GACAUCUGCUGUAGAAUAAUAUGCAUCUAUUUCAUCAGCGCGUACGAGCCACACAAGUAUUUUAAGGUUAUUAGAGUGUAUUUUUUAUGACAUGUAUGUCAUAAAGUAUUGUAUCCACAUGGCUUAGCAAUCAUAAGUAAUGCAAGUAAAGUGAUAUGUUUGGUUCAUCACAGUGUGACCUUUGAUACCAUUGCCACACUUCAUCCUCGCAGGGUCAAUGCAGAUCUCACAUCAUAUUUCAUCAAUCAUUAGCCAUUCUUAGCUGAUAAACCCAGACGCAGGGCUGGGCUGUUCUUUACAUUGGAAACGUUAGUUACAUACAGCAAUGGAUUUAAGAUCUCCUGACUAAUACAACAUAAGAAAGUUACCUGGAUUGCAGCUAGAGGGGGUUUUUUGUUGUUGUUAUACUGCUGCCGUUGUAGCUAUGAACGGGAAGACGGUUUGGGAGAGGUUCUCACCUAUGAUUACGAUCGUCUUAAUUGUAUGGUUUUCGCAGCUAUCAGCUGCUCAGAGCUCUUGUGAAAGUCGCUGUGGCCAGCGCUCCGGGGAUUGCUCUUGCCAGGCUACCUGCGAGUCUCUGAAGGAGUGCUGUGCAGAUUAUCGACAGUUCUGCCUGCAGAUCUCUCCACACUCUGGAACUCUCCUGGGCGGGGCUCAUUUUGUCAUCUUGAACACAACCUUUGAUCCUGCCUCGAAACUUGUCUGCAGGUUUAAUUCUGAGAUCGACACACAGGGAUAUGUUGAUAGUGGAAACAGAGGUCAUUGUGUUUCACCGUUACUGUAUGAAAGUGGUUGGAUUCCCUUUGAAGUGUCAACAGAUAAUGGAGCAACAUUUAACCGGCAUGGCACAUGGCUCGCAGUCCAUCACAGCAAAGUGAGUGCCGAAUUUAAAAUCACUCUUCACAAUGCAACAAAGUGGCAAUACUAUGGGACACCCAAUACUGGAGGGUCCCUGACCAUGAGCUGGAACGCCUCCUUACUGACAGCUGCGGCUGUCAACGUUGAGCUCUGGGGUUACAGAGAAACAGGUGAGGCCUAUUCAGACUCCUGGAACCCAGAACUGAGAUUUUUAUACUCCCUGGAAAAAGCUGUUCCCAACAAUGGCUCCUUUACCUUCAUCCCCAGCUGUGCUAAUGGAUCCUUCUCGGACUGGGAAAUCGGAGCAUUAAGAGUUAGCCCCAGUAUGAAGGACGAGGGGGCCCGGGAUGUUGUAGCUCUCUGGACUGGAGUACAUGCGCUGGCCUGGCACCUGGAGGAGAAGUUCAGGAAUGACUCGGCCGCCUGGGCGUAUGACAAGUGCAUCAGCUGGCAUGAAACUGAGCAGAAGCUGCCGGAGUUCCUGUCCGAGAUAGCCGACUGCCCAUGUACCCUAGCCCAGUCCAGAGCUGACACUGGCAGGUUUCAUACGGACUAUGGGUGUGAUAUUGAGAAGGGAAGCGUGUGUACUUACCAUCCUGGAUCUGUGCACUGCGUGAGGGCAAUCCAGGCCAGUCCUAAGUAUGGAGCAGGGCAGCAGUGUUGCUAUGACCACACAGGGGCCCAGGUAUUGACAGCAGACUCCAUUGGAGGAAGCACUCCAGACAGAGGGCACGACUGGGGUUCCCCUCCGUACAGAAAGCCCCCCCGAGUUCCUGGGGUGUCCCACUGGUUGUACGACGUCAUCACGUUCUACUACUGUUGCCUCUGGUCUGACAACUGUCACUACUACUUCACCCACCGUCCGUCCAGCGACUGCAGGACCUACAGGCCCCCCAAAGUCGGCGUGGUAUUCGGAGACCCCCAUUUCAUAACAUUGGAUGGCUCUAAUUAUACCUUCAAUGGGAAAGGCGAGUACUACCUACUGAAUACAACCUACAAAGCCCUGACUGUUCAAGUGAGGACUGAGCCUGUGUCAUUGGAGAAUGGGAGUUUAGCCAAGGCCACCAGGCUGUCAGCAGUGGCCAUGCAAGAGAGUGGCUCUGACGUGAUAGAGGUGCGCACGACCCGUCUCCCUGACCAUUUGGAGGUGUUGAGAAACCAGCAAGUUCUCAGCUUCUCUGAGCAGAGCUGGAUGGACCUGAAAGGAGUGUUCCUUUACUCCUCCGUCCGGGGGAACGUCUCGGUGAUGUUCCCGUCAGGAGCGGGGGUGGAAGUGCGAGGGAGGGGAGGGCUGAUGACAGUGAGCGUUCUGCUCCCGGAGGAGUUCCUGAAUCACACCUCUGGCCUCCUCGGCUCUAUGAACAACGAUCCCCAAGAUGAUUUCGUGUUCAAAAACGGAAGUGUCCUGUUCAGGGAUUCCAGCCCGGAGGAUCUGUUUAUUUUUGGGGCAGACUGGGCUAUCUCUAAUGAAACAUCCCUCUUCACCUACGACACCGCUGACCUGCUGAAUACAUACUUCUAUGCCGAAAAGCACGACCCUGCCUUUGUUCCUGUUUAUUCUGUGAUUGAAAACCCAGACGACCCCUUGUAUGGGGAGAUGUCUGAACUCUGUGGUCAGGACCCAUUCUGCAAGUUUGAUACAAUGACCACGAAGAAUCUCGCCAUGGGGAACGCAACCAAAAUCUCCUUCCAGAGCCACAUGUCCUUGGUAAAGGAUCUAGAACCAGUGUUGUCCUGUGGCUGGCUUGCUCCUCCUACGAAGGGGAAGAAGGAGGGCACGACAUACCUGGCUGGAUCAAUCGUGAACUUUACCUGCAACAAAGGCUACGUCCUCACCGGGUCUGCCGAGCAAACCUGCCUGUCCACUGGCAUGUGGUCGGGCAACACCCCCCAAUGUGUCUCAGAGAACAUCCUUGGGAUCGUGUUGGGAAGUGUGGGCGGGGCCCUUACACUGAUCACCAUGGUAUUCGUGAUUUACCGGCACAGCAAUAAGAGGAAUCCCAGAGAGAGUGGUUUAUACACCCCAGAAGCUUACUUUCAAAGUUGGCUGAAUGAAUCAAGUCAAACCCCUUUCGUCAUGCAGCCAUGCAGUCCGAAGAAAGACUGCGGUACACCUUGAUGAAAAACAAAGAAAACCCAAUUACUUGGUUUUGUCUAUGAUAUACAGCAGUCUCCGGCUAAGACAACACCCCUCAGGAAGCAAACAAAGUGUUCUUAUAGCCGAAGUGUUCUCUAAGAUGGAGUUAGGCACCAGACACAAUAUGAAUCAAUCAAUAAAUAAAUACAUAUGUAUUACUUGUCGUGACGCACGUGCAUCAACAUAGGAAAAGAACUGAAUAAGUAAAAGCAAAAUAGGCAAGUUUAUGUUGCCGCUCCAGCUCAUCCAGAACUCUGCUGCCCGCCUGGUGUUCUCUCUGCCUCGCUUCACCCACGCUACUCCACUACUCCACUACCCCGCUCGCUCCACUGGCUCCCGAUCACCGCUCGCAUCCAGUUCAAGACUCUUGUACUAGCCUACAGAUGCCUUGACCAGACUGCACCCAGCUACCUCCAGACCCUCAUCUCUCCCUACACCCCCACUCGACCUCUCCGCUCCGCCUGCACUAGAAGACUGGCUCUACCUCCGCUACUCUCCCCUGCCUCCAGAGCCCGCUCCUUCUCCACCCUUGCUCCGCAGUGGUGGAAUGACCUUCCUACAGAUGUCAGGACUGCCCAGUCCCUGACCACAUUCCGGCACCGCCUUAAGACUCACCUCUUCAAACAGCACCUGUAGAACUCCUCUGUUUGUAUCCUGGGACACUAUCACCCUUCAUUUAAAUGUUCUUUAUUUUGCUCUUACCUGCCCCCUAUUUUACUGCAUUUAAUCCUGUACUUCAGAAUACUGUAAUCUGCCACGUGUUUAACCUGUAGUAUUUUGUAUUUAAUCAUAUCCUGAUGUAACUAUCACUAUUUAAUCAUAUCCUGAUGUAACUAUCACUAUUUAAUCAUAUCCUGAUGUAACUAUCACUAUUAUCUGCUGUAUUAUUGAAUUGUGUUUUGUCACACUUGUACUUUGCUUGAACAAAAGUUAUUGCAUUUCUUGCUCUUAUUAUAUUACUUGUAUUGUAACACUUGAAAUGUAUUUGCUUACGAUUGUAAGUCGCCCUGGAUAAGGGCGUCUGCUAAGAAAUAAAUAAUAAUAAUAAUAAUAAUAAUAAUAAUAAUAAUAAUAUGUUAAUAAACUAAUAAUAAAGUAACACACAAGCUAACAUUAAUAAAACUAAAGCAAAACAACAUGGUCAAAAAGCUUCAGUUGCCAUGUACUAUGAAAUUAGCUGCCAGGUGUGUUUAAUAAACUGUCAAACUAAAUUAACACAGCCCCCCUACACACAUUAUAAAAUGCAGCAGCAAUAUACAAGACAUGCACAUUAUUUAACAGAAUGGAGAAGCAACUCUCCAGAACAGGAAACACCAACUUGCUCGGAGACUUGUGCCUGAUUCAGGUUUUUUUCAAGAGCUCCAAAAAUGUCCAACUUUGUGUAGCAAGAGAAACAACGGCGCAUUUUGCCGUUGGUUUACAUGCCAUUUUAUAGCGAUGAGGAGCUCUCGUGGAAAUCAGAAUACAAAACAAUUCAAUGAUAUGACAGCGGUUCUGGAAAGAUUGAAUAAACCAGUCAGUGUCCCUCAAGACACUCUCGCUAUGACAAGUCGCUUUUUUACAAAACCGUACUGUAUCCAUUGUGCAUGAAUCGCUAUCGGUGCCAAGAAGGUGUUCUUUUAAGCAAAGUUCCUGUUCCUUUAGCCGGAGCAUUUACAAUGGGAAAAAUCCAUUACACCACAAGGGUGUUCCCUUAGGCAAAGUGUUCUCUUAGGAGGUGUUCCUGUACGCUGAGACUACUGUAGUAGCCUUUGCCUAAUAAUGGCUAGUUGGCCUAAGCAAUACAUUAUGGUCAAAUUAUUUGCAGCCCAGACUAUGAACUUGACUGAAAUUGUAAUAAUGGUAUUGUCCAUGUAUGACACAAUGUGAAACCUCACAUGUCAACGAAACUUAAUCACGAUGCCUGUGUGCAAGCUGUACAUCAAUGUUGAUUUAAAGUACAGCACAGCAGCUGGUACAAUAUGAAUGGCUCUUGAUGGAUCGUUGCUAUUAUACAGCUGCACACAUCUCCUGUUUCCAUUUGGAAGCUGUUUGGAGAAAAUGGGUUAAUUGCUCGUAAUUGUGUUUUGGUUCAUUGUAUGUUAAAAUAACACAAACCGUAUUUAGGUUGCUCUAUCCAGAACACCCACCUGGUUGAGGGCCCUUGCUCCAAUCCCUGCAAGUGAAAGGAGGAUUCUGAAUCAAUCCAGUCGUGUGAACAACAGGAGGCAUUAACUGCAUGUCACUCGUUGUUUCUUAUAAAUAGAUGGGGUGAUGAGUGGUGAUUUAUUGUGGAAGUAUGAGGCUGUUUCUAAUGAAAUCACUUUUGUUUGAAGCCGUACAAAUAAAUCUUUUUAAAGAUCUAACUGGCAGCUUUCAUAAAUACUGCCGCCUUUAACUUUUUUGUGAACUUUUUAAACUUUUUUAUGCACAUGGAUAUAAGGAAUAGUGUGCAAAUAUCUUAAUAAG